AGAGGGAAGAGGCUAGAGUGCAGCAGGGCGGCUACAUAGAGGGUCCUACACAGAGCUGGGCGCACUCUCACCCCUACACAUACAUGCAUUUAGAUACACGGCCGGGGGAUAAACAAGCGGCGGUCCCGACUGGGCGAUGGAGGAGGUCGAUCGGAUACUCAUUCACUCUCUGCGAUCCUGUGGCACCGAGGUACCCGAAGACAUACAGAGCAUCCGCCAGUUCAACACAGAGCUCAUAGUGGAGGCAGUGGUGAGAUGUCUGCGCGUGAUCAACCCCUCUCUGGGUGCCACCCUCAGCCAUGUUCUACCCCCAGGCAUGUCUGCACAGUUCCGCAUUGGCACCAGUUUGGCCCAGGUCUGCCAGGAUCUGGGGUAUUCUAGUGAAGUGGGUUACCAGACAUUCCUUUACAGCAGUGAGCCUGAUAUCCGAGCACUUCUAAUAUUCUUGGCUGAGAAACUCCCAAGGGACUCCUCAGAGGAUGCACACCAGCCUGCAGGUAAAUCUGCACUUCUUCAAAGAGAGAUUGUAGCUACCAUAAAACAGCAGCUUUCUCUCCCUUGGCUGCCUUUGUCGUGCAGAAGCGCUGCUCUCCGGAGGUCUCAGAGUUCCUGUCGGUUGCACAGAUUUCACUCUCAGCCCCUGUCGUUAGCCAGUGACCCUGCCUUGAAAUCCAUCCCAAAUGAAAGAAAAGAGUAUUGGCAGCGCUACCUUCCCUCUGUCACUUCACAGCUGCCUCAUCUGCCGUCUGUUGCUGCGUCCCUGCUGGAAAGGAACACAUCUAAGCUCAGCGCCGUGCAGGAGUGGGAAGCCGAGUGGAAGAGUCAGGGUCUGGCUUCUCGUUUGUCCCCUGAGGAUUACCGGAGCAGGAAACAGCAGCGAUUGCAAAAGCGGAUCCAGGAGCAGCUCCGGCAGUGUGCUCAACUACUUGCUGAAAAUCAUUUGCCGUCCAGCUCCUCACAGGAUCUCACUGAUAUGCUGAGGGCGUUCAACUUGGAUGGAGGCUCUGAUCAGAAGAAGGGAUCCAGAUUCACUCGCACCCAGAGGUUCACUUACCAACAGGAUCCUCACACGCUAAAGGAACAGAUGCAGAGAGCAGCUGAGAUUCUCCCCAAAACAGAUGCACAGGACGCAGAUGCUGAGCAGCAGGAAAUCUCAUCCUUGCAAGAGCAGAUCGACUCCAUAGAGCAGGAGAUCCGAGGCCUGAGUGAAAGCAACAAACGCCUGCAGCUGACUAUAGGCCAGGUGGAGGGAGAGGUGAACGACAUGCGCCAGAGCUGCGAGGAGAAAGCAAAUGUUGUCAGGGUGAAAAAGCGAGCGGUGGAGCUGCUCCCAGAUGCAGACAACAACCUUGACAAGUUACAGACUCUGGUGGAUGCCAGUGCUCAGAGGAUGGCAAAUCUCAUAGGACAAUGGGAGUCUCACCAAGCUCGACUCAGUGAUGAAUACAUGGAGCUGAAGAGAGUUCAACAGGAGCAAGAGGAUGAGUCUUCCCGUUGGAUGAAAGAUGCAAAAGAUUUGUAUGAGAAGAUUCAGGGAUCGGCUGAUGAGGCAAAACGCAAGGAAGAGCUGUACAAGCAGCUGCUGUCAGAAUAUGAGUCUCUCCCGAAGGAGGUGUCCCGAGCUGCCUACACCCAACGCAUCCUCGAAAUUGUGAGCAAUAUCAAGAAGCAGAAAGAAGAAAUCACUAAGAUCCUGUCAGACACUAAAGAACUGCAGAAGGAGAUAAACAACCUGACGGGCAAGGUGGACAGGACUUUUGUGGUCACAGAUGAGCUCGUCUUUAAGGAUGCUAAGAAAGAUGAACCUGUAAGAAAGGCGUAUAAAUACCUGGCGGCACUCCAUGAGAACUGUAGUCAGCUGAUCCAAACCAUUGAGGAUACUGGGACCAUCCUUAGAGAAAUUCGUGACCUAGAGGAACAGAUAGAGACAGAGACCACCAAGAAGACUUUGAGUAAUCUACAGAAGAUCCUGGAAGAUUAUAGGGCCAUUAAACAGGAAAAUGCCCAGCUACUGGCCCGGACCAGGGAGGCUUAAUAACGUCCUGCCCAUAUCCUCUUCUAUAAUGUCUUCACCUGCAGUUAUACUUGUAACACAGAUCAGCCAUCACUUCCCCUCAUUAAAUAAAACCAACCCACUGAACAGACGAUUGCUCCAGCUGUUUUUCUACCUUUAAACAUAAGUGGCCAAAAUACUGUUCACUCCUGUGCGAUUAGAGCAUUUUUAUAAAGUUUAUGGGAUCGCCAAGGAGCUGUACUGUUAAAUUUAAUAAUAUGAAAUCAUUCUUAUAAACACAUGCUAUAAAAUC